AUGGAGAUGUUGGAAAUUCUUGACUUGUCUAGAAAUCAGCUUUCAGGAGAAAUACCGAAUAGCCUUGCAGAUCUAAAUUUUCUCAGCGUUUUGGACUUAUCGUACAAUAAUUUUACCGGAAAGAUUCCUUUAGGCAUUCAACUACAAAGCUUCAACUCCUCUAUAUAUACUGGGAAUAGCCAACUUUGUGGGCAGCCUCUAGCUAAGUGUCCAGGAGACAUUUCCAAUGGUUCUGCUUCUGAUCACGGAGAGGGGAAUAGUUUUGAAGAAGAUGAUGGGUUUAUAACGCAUGACUUUUAUAUCUGCAUGGCAUUUGGUUUCAUUAUUGGAUUCUGGAAAAUUUCUGAAGUGAAGGAGCCCCUUUCGAGAGACAAGAAAGUGUUGGCUGGAGAGAGGCAGGGACUACGGAUGGCAUUGUUUCUGCUCUAG